AUGGCCGAGGACGCGGUGGAGGACUUCACCUUCCCCGCCACCAUCGCCAACCCACCGCCGUGCUUGCUGGAAUCGCCGCCUCUCUGGCCGGCCUUCGCGAAGCACGGUCAAGAAGAUGAAUGGAGCUUCAACUUGUGUGAUUCAUUCCAUGAAUUCAAGCGCAACACCAUCACAUUCCGAGAGAAUUUCUGCUAUGUUAACGACGACGACGACGAUGAUUGUAAGGAGGAGAAGAUGGACGUUUUGUGGGAGGAUUUGAAUGACAAGUUUUCGAAGAAAAGAGAUUCUUCUGAAGAUUCUAAUUCGCCUGGGAGAGAUGAUCACGUGCGGGUUUGCUGUGUUAGAACCUUAAAGUUGUCGAAGGGGAAUACCAUUUCUUGGAAGAAAGCUAGCAUUUUGGUUUUGAUUAGAUUCUUGUUGAAGAAGGGUUUCGCCAUGCAUGAUUCUGCUCCUUCAGCUUCCAUCAAGAAACUUGAGUGGUAA